UCUUGGAAAAACAAGAAGACAGUGAUAGCAGUUGGAAGUGGUGACAAAUCGAUGUCUAAAAACUUUCAAGAUUUGGCAACUGAUGGCACUUGGACUGUAAUAGUUCUAGAUAAUGAAACGUCUCCCUCUGAUGCAUUUGAAAAGCGCAUGCUCGAUCAGUACAAUGCCGACAGAGGGGAGAUGCGUGAAUCGUACCACGUUGGAGCUACAUUUGAGGAAAAGCAGAUUAUAGGAUGGUUCAAUAAUUAUCCUUUCCACGCCGUGCCUUUGAUUUUGAAUAUGUUGUACAAUGCGCACCUGAAAUCAUCAGGCAUUUCUUUAAACAUUGUGAACCAUCCCCUGCCAUAUACGGCCAAAUCACAGGCUUUGCUGCUGUUGAGACGCACGGGACAAGUGUCCUUGCCCAUCACCUUGGGCAUGAUAGUUUUAUCCAGUUACUUCAUCCUGUUCCCCGUCAAAGAACGUUCCAACAACGCCAAGCACAUGCAGAUCGCCUCCGGCGCGAAUGUCCAUAAAACUGUGGGUUAUUGCCCACAGUUCGAUGCUCUAAUUGACGUAAUGACUGUUAGAGAAACACUUCGAAUGUAUCUUUUGCUGAGAGGAUACCCCUACAAAGUGAUAUCGAGAGAAACAAGAAAUAUAUCAAAGAAUUUGAAGUUGAGAGAACACUUGGAUAAAAAAGUUAAGGAUUGCAGUGGUGGCAACAAACGCAAGUUGAGCUUAGCAAUUGCUCUGAUAGGCGACCCUCCUUUGGUGUUCCUUGAUGAGCCGACAGCAGGGAUGGACCCGGGCAUUAGGAGGCAAGUGUGGGAUGUCGUGAUGGAAAUAAGAGAAUCCGGCAAUAGCGUCAUACUCACAACUCACAGGAAGCCGGUGACCUGCGUGAGGCCGGUGCUGGAGAGCGGGCCGUCGUGCGUGCGCAGGAACUGCGCCAGGGACUCGAGCGUGAGCGUCUCGCGGUCGGCGUCGUCCGCCCAGAAGCCUACGCCCACCGACACGUGGUUGUGCAGGUUGCGGCCCACGCCGGGCAGGUCGAGCACCACGGGCACGCCCACGGCGCGCAGCUCCUCCGCGGGCCCCACGCCCGACAGCAGCAGCAGCUGCGGCGACGCCACCGCCCCCGCCGACAGCACCACCUCCUUGCGCGCGCGCACGCGCCGCGUCUCGCCGUUGGGCAGC